AUGAUUCUUCCCUGUCCCUAUGGGGUCAGGCAGCUACAUGCUUCUGACAAAAAUGCCCCUUGCCCAGUCUUUGACCAGCAUUUCAGCUUUCUACCCCCGCCCGACAACUGCGCCCCAGUGCCAGCUCGAAGCAGUUCCAGAAGAAAACACAUCGUCCAUGUUCCCUCUUCAGAAAUGCUGUCCUUCUGGGAUGUGGCCAUUGAGUUCUCUGCAGAAGAGAGGGAAUGCCUGGAGCCUGCUCAGUGGAAUUUGUACAGGGAUGUGAUGUUGGAGAAUUACAGCCACCUUGUGUUCCUUGGACUUGCUGUGUCUAAGCCACACCUGGUGACACUUUUGGAGCAAAGACAAGACUCUUCAGAUGUGAAGAGACAAGCAGCAGCCAAUGUGCAGCCAGGAACAACAUUCAAUGAUUAUAACGAUUACAGCAAGGGUAUUGACUGCAACUCAUUAAGUACUCAAUGCCAGAGAAUUCAUACAAGGGAGAAACCCUACCAGUGUAAAGAAUGUGGUAAGGGCCUUAGUUCUUAUAAAACACUUUCCAUACACCAGAGACUUCAUACUAGAGAAAAAAUCUACACAUGUAAGAAAUGUCAUAAGACUUUCAAUACUCGCUCAUCACUUUUUAUACACCAGAAAAAUCAUACUGAUGAAAAAACCCACAAGUGUGAAGAAUGUGGCAAAUUAUUUUACUAUCCUUCAAUGCUGAAGCAACAUCAAAGAAUUCAUUCUGGAGAGAAACCCUACAAGUGUGAAGGAUGUGGCAGAGCUUUUUGUUAUACUUCAUUCCUGAAACAUGGUCAAAGAAUUCUUUCUGUUGAGAAAGUCUACAAGUGUGAAGAAUGUGGCAAAGCUUUUUGUUACCCUUCAUUACUGAAGCAACAUCAAAGAAUUCAUUCUGGAGAGAAACCCUACAAGUGUGAGGAAUGUGGCAAAUCUUUUUACAAUUCUUCAUUACUGAAGCAACAUCAAAGAAUUCAUUCUGGAGAGAAACCCUACAAGUGUGAAGAAUGUGGCAAAUCUUUUUACAAUUCUUCACUGCUGAAGCAACAUCAAAGAAUUCAUUCUGUAGAGAAACCAUGCAAGUGUGAAGAGUGUGGCAGUUUUUUUUCUUCAUUUUCAUACCUUAGACAACAUCAAAGAAUUCACUCCAAAGACAAUCCCUACAAAUGUGAGGCGUGUGGCAAAAGGUUUUCCCAUUCUGCAAUCCUUCAGAAACAUAGUAAAAUUCAUGGAGAGAGACCAUACAAGUGUGAAGAAUGUCACAAAACCUUUCUUUAUCACUCAUCACUUAAGAACCACAAGAUAGUUCAUAGUGGACAGAAGCCAUACAAGUGUGAAGAGUGUGGCAAAUGUUUUUCCGCUGCUUCAUGCCUUAGACGACAUCAAAUAAUUCACUGUGAAGACAACCCUUACAAGUGUGAAGAGUGUGGCAGAUGUUUUUCCUCAGAUUCAUGCCUUAAGGGACAUCAAAUAAUCCAUUCUGAAGAGAAUCCAUAUACCUGUGUACAAUGUGGCAAACGAUAUUCCCGUUCGAGGGAUCUUAAGGAACAUCAAACACUUCAUACUGGAGAGAAAUUGUACAAGUGUGAAGAAUGUGGCAAAGACUUUCAUUAUCACUCAGCCCUUAGGAGACACAAGACAAUUCAUAUAGGAGAAAAACCCUACAAGUGUGAAGAAUGUCACAAAGCCUUUCGUUGUUUAUCAUAUCUUAAGAAACACAGGAGUAUUCAUACUCAAGAGAAACCCUACAAGUGUGAAGAAUGUCUGAAAGCCUUUCAUUUUUUCUCAUCCCUUAUUAAACACAAGAGAGUUCAUAGUAAAGAGAAAUCCUACAAGUGUGAAUAAUGUCACAAAGCCUUUCCUUAUCUCUCAUCCCUUAGUAAACACAAGACAGUUCAUACUGGAGAGAAAUCCUACAAGUGUGAAGAAUGUCACAAAGCCUUUCAUUAUAUCUCAUCCCUUAGGAGACACAAAAAGGUUCAUAGUGGAGAGAAACCCUACAAGUGUGACAAAUGUCAGAAAGCCUUUCUUUAUCCCUUAUCCCUUAGGAAACACAAGACAGUUCAUACUGGAGAGAAUCCCUAAAACUGUGAGGAGUGUGACAGAUGGUUCUCUUCACCUUCAUCCCUUAGACAACAUACAAAAGAAAAGCAAAUUCAUUCUGAAGACAAUCCCUAAAAUUGUAGAGAAUCUGACAAAAACUUUGUUCAUCUUUAUGUUCUUACUGAACACAUGGUAUAUAUAGUUCAUAGGGGAGAGAAAUCCUACAAAUGUCUUAAAAUGUUUAUUUUUUCAACCCUUAAAAUGCAUCACAUGAUUCAUUCUGACUACAAACUCCAUGAGUGUGUGAAGUGUGCUAAAAUAAUUGCUAACAAUUCAGAUCUUACCCACCUCUAAUGAAUCCAUAGCGAAGAGUAUUAGGUUAAUUAUUUUGAAUGUCAACAGGAAUCUCUAACUUCCAAUAGUAAAAAUGCUAAGAAUGUCAUCAGAGAAGAGUAGAGACUUCUCUUUACUGUAACAUCCAACAGUUUGUUCAAGCAGUGUGUUUGAAACUUGCCUUGAUUAAUGAGUCUCUUUCUGCUGUAGCUAUAAAUGUUCCCUGAAACCUUUACCAUGUCCUGAAAUUGUCCAUGGGGUACCUGGAAUCUGAGAUCUGGGCUGUGGCAUAGUUACUCUUGUUUUUUCCCAGUGGAGUCAUCCAAGCUCCUGUAAUAUCUCCCUUUGAUGUGUAAGAAUCUCUGUCUCUCUGAGCUAGUAGGUUGUCAUCAGUAUCUGGCUCCUUAUUGGUAAAAUAAAAGACAAUGACUUAGUUAAAACUACAGGAAGGCUCUUCCAGUCUAAGGCCUCAGCAUCAAGGCAGCAGCUGCAGCUGAAGAGGUGAAGUCAUCAGCUGUGGUAUUGAUAGUAUGAGGUGCAGCUGCUGUGCCCCAGAUAAAAAACAACAGUGCCCAUAGAGCAAUAAUGACAGACAAGUUAUGAGAGGAACCAAUCUCUUUCUGAUUGGAUUUAAUGUUUAUUCCACAAAUUGUAACUGAUGUGAUAUUAAUUUGGUAAUAUACUUUUGCGUGGCUCGGUGAUAAGCCCUGGGGAGAUAUUUAUGCUGUUAUUUUAAUAAGUGGAUAAUAACUAAAUGAGCCCAAGAUCUCAUCUUUAUGCCACAGAGUCAGGAACCCAAGUUCUUAUCUUUGUCUCAAAGAGUUAGGAACCCAAGUUUUUAUCUUUAUCCCAAAGAGUCAGGAACCCACCUUCUCAUCUUAUCCCACAGAGUCAGGGACCUCUCAACACCCACCAAAAAGUAUUAGUUGCAUUGUAGAUAGAGAAUAAUACACAGAUGCACAUUUGUCAAAGUGUAAAGAAUACUGAUCUGUGGAGGGCCCUUGUCUAAAAGUGACUUCUGUGUCACACAUUGUAAAAGAGGUCCCUUACGUAGAGCUAAAGCCAAAAGUCAGGGAAUCCUAAGGGAAAAGAGGCAGAAAGAAUGUCAGAGGCAGAAAUAGUCGAUGUCUGCAGUGCAACAGUAGAAUUGUUGAAACAUUUUAAAAUUCUGAAACAUGUCCACAGGCUUCCAGGCUCCAGUCAACUGUCCUACAUCCCUACACACAUUUUUUGGGGGAUCAGAAUGGCUCUGACCCCUCUAAGAUUGCCCCCACUUCCCCUGUUCUGAGUGCGCUGAGGUCAGGCUGUUCUGCAGAUGUUUUGCUGUUUGGUAUAUCUCGUGGUUUGGCAGCUGUGGCUUCCUGGGGCAUGCUGAUCAUUCCUUGACCCUGGGUGCUUGAUAAACAAUUCUGUUUGUUCCUCCUGAAAGGGUAUAUAAGAUGGGGAAGAAAGAAUAAAGAGUCCUGAUGCUUGCAACUUGA